CGAAAAUAAGCCAAGAUGGUGGCCAAAAAGUUGUUAUCGGUUUACGGUUUAUUAAAAAAUGUCGAGUUUCAUCAAGCAAGCGGAAUAAUAGAGGUUAGUUUGAAGAUCAAUAUAUCAGCCAAAUAUUUAGAUUAUCAUCUAUCUAAAUUUACAACAAGUGGUGUUGUAUUACAACACUUAAAUGUCACGUAUGUUUUGCCCAGUUUUGGUGUACAAAGUGACUAUAUGACCGGCAGUUUGGUGUAUGUACUUGUAUAGUUCAUAGUUGCAUACUUGCAUUGCGUUUUAGGAUUUAUAUCGACAAAAUAAAAAUGAAUUUCAACAGCCAAUCUGCAAGGGUAUGUUGGAAUAUGAAUGGGUUGCUUUUAUGGAGGCCAAGACAAAGGUAUUUUGCAGUUCUCUGAUCUCGUUUUUCAGCUGUCAGCCUGUCACUAGCAGAUGGUCGUCAAAUUUUGUAGAAAUGUUUUACACCUGUACUUGUACAUAUAUUAAAUGAGAUAAACAUUAUUUCUCACUCUGAAUAACUGCAGUUUGACAGCCAUCUGAACCUCUUUAGUGCUUAGUGAAACCCAUCUCAAUGAGCUCAAAAAUAUUUUGCUAGAAUGUCGGUGGUGAAUUGUGGAGUUUUAAUGCAGAAGUGAUAGUAUUUGAAGGCAAUACAUUGAUUGGUGAUUAUGAGAAAUUUAUGAAAUGGACAGAAACAAACUAUCAGUACAAUGAUUACAGGUAAGAUACAGAAAAUCCAGAAAUUGAUGGUUCAUUUAUUAAGUUUCUGGUAAAUAACCACAGACCAAUGUUAUUUUUAAUGUGUUCCCUAGACCUCUACCUUUGUGGCAUGCAAUGGCCAAGGAGAAAUAUAAAGCUCAUUUGCUGGAAUCUAAGGUAACAAUCAGUGUUUCAAGCACGAGAAGUAGAAUCAUCCAGCACCAAAUACAUGAAGACAAGUGACUGGAUGACAUGGAGAACAGUGGGAUUUUAAAACAAUGGAAAGACAAUGAAACAUUCCAAUCAGUGGAUUGUGACUAGAUAGAACCAUUGUUAUGUAACAAUUAAGUUUUAUGCCAAGACCCAUUAAGAAGAAUGAAGUAACAGUACCUGUAGGGCCAUAGGGCAAAUUGCAGCUUAUCAAAUGGAUCAAUUAAUUAAGCUGUUAAGUGGCAAUGCAUCUAGCUGCACCCUACUUUAUUAUUUUAGUCUGUCUAAUGCCAGACAAUUUUACUUGUCAGCUAGGAGGAGAGUGUUGCCACUCAAUCGGUUAACAAAUGCUCUGUUGCAUUUUAGCAUCACUUUGUGUAUCUGGACAUACAUGUUUCAUCAGAGCCAGUUGGAAGAUUAUUGAUAGAGGUUUGAAUAUUAUAUUAUAUUGUUAUAGGUUUUAAAUAAUUUAGCACUAGUUGUGAGUUAUGAUCCUAAGAGGAUCACUUUAUUGUUACUGGUGUACUAGGCAGGAAAUAUUAAACAAUGAUACCUUUUUUGUUCAGUUAUACAGUGACAAAUGUCCGAAGACAUGUGGUAAUUUCCUAGAACUAUGUCGUGGAGGACAAAUGGAACAUGAGAAACAUGAUUCACCAUUAGAGCUCACUUACAAGAAAUCCAUCUUUCAUAGAAUUGUGCCAAAUGGUUGGAUCCAGGGAGGAGGUAUAAUAGACUUUUUUGCACAAAACAUCCACUGUAUUGCAGAUACAAUCUUAUUUUAGUUUUGUUUGUGGAAACACCAUGUAAAUUUAUAUGUAUAUAUAUAUAAUAAAUUUACGUGGUGUUUCCACAAACAAAACUAUUAUAUGUUUUAUCGCCAUGCAAACAUACAAAGAACUUAGAUACAAUCUUACUAGUAUUUUAGAUUCACUUGUCCAACACUUUUAUCAAUCAUGUUUCAACAUCAUUUAGAUUUUGUGACACAAAAGGGUACUGGGGGUCAGUCAAUAUAUGGAGCACUCUUUGAAGGUAUGAUGAUACGUACAAUACUAGCUUACCUCCAAUGCAGUUUGAAAAUUAUUCAUGAACUGUAGUUUUAUAUAGUAAGCAGUGGCAAAAAGAUAGAUGGAUGGCUUAUUAAUACAUAUUCUCUCUUUCUAGAUGAGAAUUUCUCUGUACCGCAUGACAAACGAGGUGUUGUGGGAAUGGCAAAUAAAGGCAGACACACCAAUUCAUCUCAAUUUUACAUCACCUUGCAACCAACGCCAUGGAUGGACAGCAAAUAUGUUGCAUUUGGGUAGGUAAAGCAAGCAGGCCAAGUUGAAUAUCAGUGUAAAUUGCAUUGCACCCUACUUUAUUAUAUUACUCUCUCCAAAGGGCUCUAUCCGCUGAGCACUGGCACUCAAUGAGUUAAUCGUUUUCAGGCAGUUGAGAUAUGAUAUUACUUAUACAAGCAUUAACAUACUGAUAAAUUGUUUUCUAGGCAAGUGAUAGAAGGAAUCAAUGCUUUAAAAAUAUUAGAAGACCAAGAAACGUAUAAUGAGAGACCAAAGAAAACAUGUCUUAUUGCAUAUUGUGGAAUUUUUGAUGUUGAAAAACUAUGGACAUAGUAAUUAGAUUGUAGAUACAAAAAAUUACUUUAUUUAUCAAUGGCCAGUAAUUAAAGUCAAUGCCUUUGUAUGUUUCCAAGACAAGCUUGGUAUUACUAUAAAAUAUGUGCAAGCAUGUGUGUACAUUAGAAAUGUAAAGCAGUUUUAUUAUAUUUUUAUUAAUUUUACUGAGGUGGGA